AAAUUUACUUUUUUGUUUUUGCCCCUUACCUGCUAAAAGAAAUGGAAGUUGAAUGUUUUCGCUAUGUUCUGACCUGAAUUUUGUACAAAUUACAGGAUUUAUAGUUAAUUCUCUGAAAAUAUUCUUAAAAGCCUAAUGCUGAGGUUGGAUCAGCUUUAGUUUUGAGCUAUCAUAAUUAAAAAAUAUUGCAAAUUUAUAUAAUACCAUACGAUGACAUUUAAGUGAGGUUAAAAGUGAAAAGCAUCAGUAUCUUAUCAAUUCUCUUGUUUGAUGAAUGAUUUUGCUUAUUUUAAAUUGAAAUGAUACCCGUUAUUUAAUAGAAAAAAUAUUCAUUGUGUGCUUGAUAGUUGAUUUAGAUUGAAACAUGGCUGCAGUAUUCCCAGUUUCAGUGAAAUCUAGCAGAAAGCACUGGACCUUAUACAAUGGCAUGAAAGGACCUUUGAAGAGUUUCUGCAGUGAAGUAGCUGAGGAUGACUGUCCAGACGCGCAAGUUGUACUGGCUAAGGAACUGCUCCAUCAGACUACAGAUCAGGAUGCAGACGCGGAAGAAAACGCCAGAUUAGGAGUUUACUGGUUGAUGAAAGCGUCUGAACAAGGCCAUCAAGAGGCGACUACCAUUCUUCGACACUGUCUCGAGACAGGCCAAGGUAUGACUGAGCAUAAUUUUCUGGAUGUAAAAGCCUGCCUUGCCAUGUCUCGAGAAGAAAAACUUGCUAGGCGAGCUGCAAAAGAAGUAUUCGCUAGAUUAUCAUCGGGAGAAGAUUUCAUAAGCAGUGAUCAGUUACAAGACCGCAUGAAGCACCUCGAAGCGAAACCGUCUACGAGUACAAGCAACGAGUCACCUCAACAAGACAGCAAAACCAAAGCUUCCGUAUCAGCAGACUGGAAAGAGAGGUGUAAUAAUGGUGGAGAGAAGCUGACUGAAGACAUGCUGGUGUCAGCUGCGAGCACAUAUUCGCGUGGAGAGUUGCCUCUGGUGCAGCGCAGCCUCUCCUUGGACAGCCAAUCAGAACUUAGGCACAACUUCCUCUGCUCAGUCAUUCUCCUUCCCUUCUCCGCUAUCCAUUCUUCCUGUCACCAAAUAAUUAACACCAUUGGUCGACACAGUUAUAGACAUAUCUGGCCGAUUGUGAUGGCUAAUAUUCAGGCUGCAAUAAUGGUUUCUCUCUUCCUAUUUUUCGGCCUUGAUGGACUGAUAUCAAUGUUACCAACUGCUAUUUAUUUUGGAUCUCUUAUUGUUAUGGUUGUCACCACUUGCCAAGCACUGUCAAGAAAGCAAGACUUCCAUCUGUUUCGAAGGUGGUCGAAUUUGUUCAUAGCCUACUCGAACGGAGAGCUGAACGCGGGUGACGCGGAAUACCAGUACUGUCGCAAUAACACACAGCCGUUCAUCAUAUUCUUCGUGGCGCUGAUCGUGCAUCUGCUGAUGACGCCCUCCUUCGUCGCGCCCCACCUCUCCUCCCCUCAGUCCGAGAUCACAGUCGUCGCCUUCAUUUUCACUUUCCUCACUCUCUACAAUUUCACCAUCUCACCCUCGCGACAAGGCGGAAAGUCUUCGCCGGAUGUACUAGCUCUGCUGUCGUUCGGAGUACACGUACUGGCCAAGUACCCUUACGAGACGGACACUGUUGUCAGUCGAGGCUGGAGGUUCAUUGAUGUGCAAGUCCCAACCUUUGCAUCUUAUAUUGUUGGUAACGGCGUUGAGUUUUGUUUGAACUUUAGGGCAUUGUUCUACCUGGUUAUCCCAGCGAUUCUGGUCAAAAUGGCCGUUCGGGACAAUUUGAAAGGAAUCUAUUUGUCGCUGGUGCCACAUUGUAUGUCUCUUGCUUGGUGGCAGGUGGCAGUGCUCGCAUCGCAAGGUGCCACUUGGUACGGCCUGAUCAGGAGUGCUCUGGCGCUGGUCGGCUUUGUGCUGUUUGUGCCGUUGGCAGGCCUGGCGUCCAUUCUGGUGCCCCUGUUGGCCGUCGGCAAGUUCCUCGUCGAAACGGAUGAGUUCAAGGACAUUGAGGUGACCGCCUGCAUCGCCUCGCUGCCUGUUCUGCUCGCCUUCUAUGUGCGCAGCAAGAGGAGUCAAGAGGCCAAAUCAUAUCUUGGCUGGAUUCAAUUUGUUCUAUUGAUGUUGGCGGGAGCGCUGCUGGUGUGGCCGGCAGUGCACCUGACAAAGCCGAGUCCGUUCCCGACCCUGAAGGGCGUGCCGUCGACGGUGACGUGGACCCAGUACCGCGAGUACUGUUCGAGUGGAGCCACGUCCACCGUCAACAUGCAGCUGAGAUGCGCCGGCCUCGCUGGCCAGCCGAUCAAGUGGGACGGCCGGGUCGGCGCUACGCGAAUGGUGCGUGUGCACAACCCCAUUGCGCGCAUGGUCGGUCGGCUGCCUUUUUCGGUACAAUCGAUUCUAAACUGUUGGCUGGGUGAGAAGUUUGACGUGGAAGACUGUCACAAAGUGAAGGAGUUAGAGUGUGCAACUCCACCGGAACUUACAGACAGAUGUCAUCUGACUAAUUGGAACAGAUACGAGUUCGAAUUGGAUAUUCUGAUGACGUCUGGUAUCUGGAGGGGUGGCGAGUUUCAAGUGACUCUGACCGCUGGCAAUAACUUCUUGAACUUCACGAGGUCGUUGGUGGAAGGCGACCACGUGUGGUUCACAGGCGUCAUCACCGGAGACGCGGCUGGCCUCCUGACUUCGGACAGUGCCUGGGUCGAGCUCAAAGAGAUCGGCUGUCUCAUUUGCAGGGACGAAAGGCUGAAGGCUGCCAAGAGCAACCAAGUGUUCACCUUGUUGUCAAUCUACUCGGGCUUCAAAGGUCUUCUCAACUUUCUGUUCAAUCCGAUUGUGAUAUUCCGGUGAAUUCGAAAGACUCUUGUAGUGAUGGAUGAAUGAUAAAGUUGAUGAAUCUCCAGUUGACAUAAUAUGAAGGUUGUAUUAGUAUUGAUAGAUAUUUUUAGUGAUGUGUAGUGCGAAACCCUGCCUUCUUUCUUGUCAAUUAUUCUUUUAAUUAUUUGAGGCGCCUGUUUAACAUUGUUGCGUUUGUACCAUGAGAAAGUAUUAAUUUAUUCUAUACUAUUUUUGUAAAAAUGAUUUCUUAUUUUCAACUAAUCGUUUUUCUUUAUUCUUGUAAUGAAAUAAAAGCAAUAUCAUUUCAACAACAA